GUGCGCGCGCGCGCGUUUCUUUUGGGGAAGCUUCUGCUGGUGCCCUCCCCGAGCGUGGAGAACUGCCGUGGCUGCCGUCGUCGUCGCGGUCAAAGGCAAUCGAACGAGAGCGAAAGGAAUAGUAGCCGAGUGCCGUACAACGGAAAAACAACGGUCGCAAACAAAGCCGUGCGCGCGCUGCUCAAAUCUAUGGUUUUAUAAAAUUAAACAGUGAUGCUAAUAAUUACGUUAUUUCAAGAUUAGCCCUGCUGCGAUAGACACGCGGAUUCGUUUUUUGUUGUUGUUGCGAGUGUGCGCGAUUCUGCUGCUAGGAUAAUCGACUACUGGCUGGGUGGUGUCUCGAGGGCGGUGCGAUAAUUGCUGGUGAAAUUAAACGGUUUCUAAUGGCCAUGAUACAGUGAGCGUGCAUGUGAGUUUUUUUUCUAAACAGUGUUACAGUUGCGAAAACGAAGGCAGUAAAUAAAAGUUUAUGAAACAGUGUUAAAGAAGCAUAGCUGCUGCACGAUUUGCGAUUGGAGUAUUUGCAGAUGCACACGCUGCUGAUCUAGAUUCUACGCGAGCUGUGGAAGGUCCUUGGCCGGUUGCAGACAGGCUGCUGGUGUUACACCGCUAACGAUUGAGGUUACAAAGAGGCACGUUUCGUGGAUCAAUAGCUAUUACAGAGACGGUGCUGGAAGAGCCUUGGAGGUGAGUGGUAGAGCGGUGGAUGCGUUCCAGGGCGGCGUGACUGGUUUGAAAAGUGGAAGACAUCUUAAGCCAAAGACGAAAUUGGCGCCACCAUUUAGACGUUUCAUACCUAUGCCAUACAUCCGGUGAUCAAAAUGAAGCAUUUCCUGUACAUAAUUCUGAUCUCGAUUUUACUCAGCAAACAUUACGGUUUAACGCACGUUAUCAGGAAACGACAGCUAUUCCGUGAGCAGGUCCUUCCACAUGCCGGCGGUAAAAUUCCGGAUUCGGCCUUUCACACCGAUCGGCUCGCGUUGAACCAGCUCCAGCGUGAGGGCAUUGCCGUUCCGGAUGGGGUACUGCUGGAACAGAGGCGCCAUCAGGUUCACCCGCAUCCCGCUCGGUCUGCCCGACCGACAUUCCUGGUGGCACAGAGCUCGGACCGUCGGUAUACAUCCCCCACUGGGGCUUUCAGCCAUAACGACGUCGGUGCCGUAGAAAGCACCUAUUCCAUUCCUAUGCCAUGGGAGCAGAACCAGUACCAAAAACACACAGCUAACUACUACCACAGUCUUCCGAUGGCUGUGCCGGUAUUCAAGGAACUUCGGUUACCACACCAUUCAGUGUUCAACUUUGACUAUAGUCAUAGUAAAAGUAAGCUACAACAACCGUCGCUAGUGAAGCGACCAGUGCCAGUACAGCCGACGGUGUCCGUAGUGCCCGUCUAUGGCACUCCGGUGCCUUCCUUCCGUUUUCUGGAACCUCCAAAGCCCAGCUUAUCGCUAAUACCGCAGAACUUUGUCAGUUAUCACGCAGCAUUGGGUAACUUGUUGAGUUAUCAGCCAGCUUACGCGUACGGUAACGACUGGAAUCAGGGUUGGGGCCAACCGCCAGCCGCUUUUCAUCACGACCUUUUGUCCAACCCACUUAGCAGUUUCGAGGACUUUUACGGUGAUCCCGGCAGCAAACAGCGCUAUUACCGAAACGUGAACCAUCAGGAAGGCUCGUCCAGAGCGGCAAAGGAUAAGGUGCACCCCGCUCCGAACCGGCUCCCGCAGCAGAUUGCCCGAGGACGAAAGCCGCUGCUGCCAUUGUUGGCACCCACAGUGGCAACAUCGUCGUUAUCUGCCACGCGGACAACCACUUGAAGAUGCUCGUUAGUGCGAUUUUACCUUUCAUCAGUCGCCCUUCACUUUCUCGUCGCUAAAUCUGUAAAUCUUUACUCGUGUUGUCCUUUCCAUCAUCCGGUGCCGUCAGAGUUGUUUGAUUUAAUGCUCGUGCUCGAGAUGGUCAAAUCCUGAUGGAUAUCGGUCGGUGGAAUGUCGCGUGAAGAAAGGACACCGACCGCUCCCCGGAGUGGCCCAACUCUACGCACAACAUCCGACGAAAGAGACAGACCAGAAGUUUAAUCCCCUAGCAGCGUAAUCGCGACCGUUUUGCCAGUAAUCCUAUUUUGCUAUAAAAUUAUCCCUUUUUAUCGGGGAAAGUAUUUUGUUAAGGCUCGCAAGUUGCUCACAGUUUAUUUGUGUUUUACGGCUUAAGUGUCAAUGCUACCGUUUGAUGAGUUUUUGCUGAGCUUUAUUUUCUGUACUUCUAGUUAGGUUCGCGAAUUGAUGUGUACGAUUUCUUUGAAGGUGAGCUUGGGCGGCGAUGCACGCCAGCUGUUAGUGUUCGAGAUUUGAGGAGAACAUUACUUGCUGGGCCGUGACCUCACACUGUUCGGAUUAGGAUUAGGAUAUACCGUUUUUUAGAUGUUACAAUUCUGAUUUGAGCUUUCCGUUCAAGUCUGGUUCAAUAAAUGUUUUCUGUAAA